AUGUCCGACCCAGUGGGAAACAUCCGCCACUGCUUUACCCCCCUUGCGGCAUACAUCGUCGAUACUCCCGAGGCGUGCAUGCUUGCAUGCGUGCGCGGCAAAACUUCUCCAUUUACACUGGCAUCUUAUCUCCAGUUCGGGGACAAUUUUCGUCACCCUGCACGUACACGUGCCAUCACGCUCGAGCAGCUCGCCAGCAUCAAUGUUGACCCCAACGACCUGGAAGGAUAUUUUGCCGCAUGCGCGGAAUUCCGGCUAAAUGGUGUCUUUGCACCUUUCUGGAAGGGAUGGCGGUUUAGCGAUCCUGCGAUCUUCCUUACACCUGAAGCUCUGCAUCACUGGCACAAACAGUUCUACGACCACGACGUGCAAUGGUGUCUUGCAGUUCUUGGAGUGCAGGAAUUCGAUUUCCGAAUCUCAAUACUGCAACCCGUCACUGGCUAUCGCCACUUCCCCAAUGGAAUCUCCAAACUGAAGCAGGUCACAGGCAGAGUCCACCGCGAUAUACAGCGCUAUAUUGUUGGAUUGAUCGCUGGUGCAGCCCCUCGUCGAUUUGUGGUCGCAAUUCGCGCUUUAAUGGAUGUCCGAUACUUAGCGCAGUCUCCCGCACCUGAUGACAACUUACUGGCGGCUAUUGACAGAUCACUUGCAAUCUUUCACGACAACAAAGAUGUCAUCAUGACACUAGGCGCUCGGAUGGGUGCGAAGAGAGUCAUCGAUAAUUGGCACAUACCCAAGCUAGAGCUCAUGCAGAGCAUCACCACUAGCUCGCGCCAAGUCGGUGCCCUCAUCCAGUGGUCCGCAGACGCAACUGAACAUGCGCACGUCUCUGAAAUCAAGGACCCAGCACGGCGUACUAACAACAACGACUACGAUCCCCAGAUCUGUCGUCACUUAGAUCGAGCAGAGAAACUGCAUCGUUUUGCAAUUGCUACAACUCUCAAGAGUCUUCCCACAGAUCCCGAUCUCCGUGAGGAUGAAGAGGACAGGGACGAGGACGAGGAAGGGGAAGGGAAUGAGGAAGAAAAUGACGAACUGAUGGAUCCACGAACUGCACUCUUAGAAGAACUAAAUCACACGCGCACCACUUCCAACUACUUCAACAAACUGAGAACGUUGGGGACUGCAAGGCGCGAUGAAAUUCCUCAGGCUCAUCCUCCUCGUACGUUCCUUGCUGGCAGUACCGCCGUUCAUCUUAACUGUUACCCCACCCGACUGGCUUGA